GUGGGUGAGGCCUGUCUCUGCUGGGCUUUCCCAGGGAUUGAGAGUCGGGGGCUGCGGCUGAUGAGCGCUCGGCAGGCUGAGGGCGCAGCGUGUCCCGCAUACGCUGCACAGGAGCGGCUGAUCGCUCAUUCCUGAUACUGAAGACGCAGACGCCCCACUGACCAGCGCCUGUCUACCUGAUAACAUGGAUCCAGACCCAUCAGCGCCUCCCCAGGUGCUUGGCAGGUCCCAGCUGAACGCUGCUACUGAUACGGAUGGUCAUGAAGAUGCACAGAUACCGGGAGGAUCUAGCUGUCCAUCUUCUUGGGGCUUUUCAGCCGUGACAGAUCCCUUGAGUGAUGAAGAAGAAGCCACAUUUCAGGAGUUGCUGGAAAAGGCCAAGAACGGCGACCCUAAGGCACAGAGCGAGGUAGGGAAAUGCUACUUGAAACUUGCCGAAGAACAAGACGAAGAAGUGAACAGCAGUGCAGCCGUUGACUGGUUCAUUGAGUCUGCGAAACAAGGUCGCAGAGAUGCGGUCAAGCUUUUACGCAGAUGCCUGGCUGACCGGAGAGGAAUAACAUCUGAAAAUGAAGAAGAGGUUAAGAAGCUCUCCUCAGAGACUGAACUGGAAAGGGCCGUGAGGAAGGCAGCGCUGGUCAUGUACUGGAAGCUCAACCCGAAGAGGAAGAAACAGGUGUCUGUCUCAGAGCUGCUGGAAAACGUUGGCCAGGUUAAUGCAGAAGAUGCAGAGACGCAGCCAGGCCCCAUUCCAAAGGCUGCCCAAAAACAGCGCCGGAUGCUGGAACGGUUAGUCAGCAGUGAACCCAAGAGCUUCAUUGCUUUGGAUGAUUUUGUCGAAAUUACUAAAAAGUAUGCAAAAGGGAUCGUCCCGUCCAACUUAUUUCUACACGACGAUGAAGAUGAUGAGUUUGCUGGCAAAAGUCCAGAUGAAUUACCCCUCCAGCAGAAGAUCAUGAAAUAUCCACUCCAUGUCAUCACGGAACUUAAAGAGUACCUUAUUGAUGCUGCAUCGAAGGCUGGAAUGCAUUGGCUGUCUACCAUCGUGCCCACGCAUCACAUCAACGCUCUUAUCUUCUUUUUCAUUAUAAGUAACCUUACCAUAGAAUUUUUUUCCUUUUUUAUUCCACUAGUGAUUUUCUACUUGUCCUUUAUUUCGAUGGUGAUUUGCACACUCAAAGUAUUUCAGGACAGUAAAGCCUGGGAAAACUUCCGGACACUGACUGAUCUCUUGCUUCGUUUCGAACCUAAUCUGGAUGUUGAACAAGCUGAAGUCAACUUUGGCUGGAACCACUUGGAGCCCUAUUUCUACUUCCUGAUAUCUGUCGUCUUUGUUAUCUUUUCCUUUCCUAUUUCAGACAGACACUGGAUCCCUUGUUCUGAACUUGCUACCAUCUCGAUUUUCUUUACAAUCACUAGCUACCUGAGUCUCAGCACAAGUGCCGAACCGUACACCAGGAGGGCUUUGAUGACAGAAGUGGCUGCGGGGUUACUUUCCCUGAUUGACAUUAUGCCGGAUUUUUUGCCCCAGCUCAAGUUACUUGGAAAGACAUUUUUCACCGUGCCCAUCGGUCAUUUCAUUGUAUUGCGAUUAAGUAUCCCAUGCCUGCUUUUCAUUUACUUAUUCUAUCUCUUCUUGAGGAUGGCCCAGUUACGGAAUUUCAAAGGUGUCUAUUGUUACCUGGUACCGUAUUUAGUGUGUUUCAUGUGGUGCGAACUGUCUGUUGUAAUUCUGCGUGAAUCCACUGCCAUUGGCCUUAUUCGUGCAUCGGUAGGGUAUUUCUUGUUCUUGUUUGCCCUCCCUAUACUUUUGGUUGGCAUUGCUGUGAUGUGCAUUGUCCAUUUCGUAAAAUGGUUUAUAGCAUUAGAAUUGACCAAGAUCGUGGUAACCCUGGUAUUAUGUAGCAUUCCAUUGCUUAUUCGUUGGUGGUCAAAAGCCAAUUAUUCUGUGCUGGAUAUGGUUAAGUCGCUUACCAAAAGUUCCAUCGUGAAGCUGAUAUUGGUAUGGAUUACCGCAAUUGUAAUGUUUUGUUGGAUAUACGUGUAUCGCUCUGAAGGAAUGAAAGUUUACAAUUCUACCUUAACCUGGCAGCAGUAUGGCUUCAUCUGUGGCCCAAGAGCGUGGAAGGAAACCAACAUGGCUCGGACUCAGAUUUUGUGCAGUCAUCUUGAAGGGCACAGGGUGACCUGGACAGGGAGGUUCAAGUAUGUCCGUGUUACAGAAAUCGACAACAGUGCAGAGUCGGCUGUCAACAUGCUCCCUCUGUUUAUAGGAGAUUGGAUGAGAUGCUUAUACGGAGAGGUGUACCCAGCGUGUGAUCCACAGAACGUCACUAUUGAAGAAGAAGAACUUUGUCGCCUCAAGUUCCUCUCUAAACACACUUGCCACAUGAAGAAGUUUGAUCGCUAUAAAUUUGAGAUAAGCGUGGGAAUGCCGCUCAAUGGUAAAAACGGAAACAAGUCAAACGAAGAAGACGACAUUACAAAAGAUAUUGUGCUUAAAGCGAGUAACGAGUUUAAAACUGUGUUGCUAAACUUGAGGCAAGGGAGCCUGAUAGAGUUCAGCACUAUCCUCGAGGGACGGCUUGGCAGCAAGUGGCCCGUCUUUGAACUUAAAGCUAUAAAUUGCCUAAACUGCAUGGCCAAGAUCACUUCGGCAUCGAGACACGUGAAAAUUGAACAUGACUGGAGGCGCAAUGUCCAUACAGCUAUUAAAUUUGCAUUUAAUUUUUUCUUCUCCCCAUUCCUUUCAGCUGUAUAGAAAGAAGGGGAAAAAAGACCCUAAAGAACUGAAACUGUUAUGGGGUCACUGUGAUGCAAACCAAAGUGAAGUCUCUUCUCGAUAUGUAGCUUUAACAGUAAUCCUCACAUUGCACUUUGUCGGAUGUCGUCCCGAUGUCUGAUUUAUAAGCGUGUAUCUCCUUGCAAAGCUGUUGUUUCUUGGCUGGUGUCUUUGUGCCGGAACAAGACACCUUUUUAGAGCAGAGUUCCUGAACGACUAACUUAAGGGACGUUAAAGAGAGUUCACCAUCAUAAUGAGAGUUUCUAAGCCCUUCUCGUUGGUGAGGAUCUGCACACAAGUCUGUAUCUGCACCAACACGUCGAUCAUGGUGCAGCUGGCCAUUAUCGAUUACUGAACUGGACUUUUCGACACAGAAUUUUGGUGGGAUUAUUUUUUUUCUUUUUUUGUUCUUUGUAAUGCAAUACUAAUUUUUUUACUAGAGUUAUUACAAUCAAUUUCAGGGGUUUGCCAUGGCACUUACAUGCACAUUGGAUGCGUUAUUGAAAAAAAUCUGAAUGCUUAAAAUAACAAAAAACGUACUAACACUAUAAAUCAUUAUUCUUGCUCUAAUCGUCUAAUGUGGGGUACUUAUUUCUUCAAUUGGUGGCUGCUUUUAAAGCAUAUAUAGCUUUAUCUUAUGUGUAAUAUUUGUAUAUAAGCAGUUCUAGUGCUUCCUUCGAAAGAGGCAGUUCCGUGUCUUAAAGUUUUCUGAUUCCAUGUAUAAUUAACAUCCUAUCAUGGGAUUAUUUAAUUUCCUCUGUAUGAAGAGCAAUAUUUAUCCUGAUUUACAAAAGGUGUUUUUUUGUUUAGGAAAGUUGUCUUGCUUGUAUUUUUUCUACGUUUAACACUAGUGCUGAUGAAUAUAAUGGCGCUUUGGUUUGAUUCUUAAUUGGGGGGGAGUAUUUAAAAAAAAAAAGUUGCCUUAUCUAAAGAUGGUAUUUGUAAUUAUUUCAGAGAUUUCCAAACGUUGCUGAUUUAUAUCGCUUGGGUGAUGGGUUCACAGGGUUCGCCAACGGUACAUUUUAAAAUGUAUAAAAAUAUUUACAUAAAAAGGGGUUAAUCCCA